AUGGCGACAGUCGUUGUUCAGCAGCAACAUACGUUGCGCCAUACGACUCCCCCUCCUUCUUCAAUGUCGCCGGCGUUGAUGGUCAAUCGACGAUCAAGCCCCAUUCCGAACAAACAUUUGCCUGUCUGCCCCACGGGGCCAUCACCUGCUGAAUCCCCUCAGCCAGAUUCGCCCGUACACCGAUCGACCCAUGAACAACUCUCUUCCAUUCUAUAUCCCCCAUACUGCUACCAUGUCGUCUCCCAACCACCGGGCGCAAAAGUGUUUGGGAUCAAUGCCCAAACCUUGGGUGAGGCACUCGAUUAUCAAGCAGCGCAGUCUUUACCUGAUGCCUCUCAGAUGUAUCCAUGGCUACACGGACUCCACCCUGAUAACCACUUGCAGUUGGGAUUCUUCUCCAGUCGCAAGCGAGUUCAACGCAAGCCUCCAAAAGUCUGGCGCGGCAUUACACUAGUCAAGCUGGGAGGGAACCUUUUGAAGUCUCGUAUCAAGGGUGCAGUUGCACCAAAUGAGGUCAUCUCACCGAUGGCGCGCUUCUUGAUGGCCGACCCACCGGAGGGUUUCUCGGUUCGAAACUUUCAGAUCCAAACAGCCAAGAUGGCACCUUUGUCAGAUAUUGUAAUUUAUGGCGAGGAUGGCACCGAUCGUGAUGAAUUAAUUGCCCUGGCCGACGAGUUUGCCAUGGCACAGGCAGCCUGGCGUCUUAAGCAUGAUCCGAUGCAAGAACGAAAACCAUACAACACCUUCGUGCUUACAAGUAGUUUCUCUGAGUUUGCAGAAAGGUGGCCUCGUUUCGUCUCUCUUGAUGCCGAUGGGGACCCAACUGGCUCAUGCAUGGACUUUUUUCAAUGGGAGCGACUAGAGAUGGCCACAAUGUCAUGCGCCUCAGAGAUCUCAGAGAAUGUUUUCCUUGGGCCGACUCCUGAUUAUAUGAUGCGACCUGGUGCAUGUAAUGUUCCGGACAAAGACCCAUACGACCUUAUGAUUGAAGCAAGUGAUCUUGCAAACAUUCCUGGGCCACGCACUCUGGCUACAAUUGACAAGAAGCUUGAGAAUGGCUCUCAACGCAUCGAGUUCCCCUCGUCAGGUUCACUUGUGCUGCCAUCCGGGAAUACGCGUGAAGUCGAGGACUUUGUAAACACUGUUCGUUGGAUCUAUUAUCUGGCCCACCCGGAGCCUGAUGAGCAAAUGGAUCAUGAGGGCGAUAUUGAGAUGCGCUCGACCAAAAAGUCUCUUCGCGUGUACAUUCACUGUGCAGAUGGUUAUACCGAAAGUACACUUCUUGCUGUUGCAUACUUUAUGUUUGCGGAGGGCGUACCCAUCCAUGAGGCAUGGCUCAAAUUGCAUUGUGAAAAGAAACGAAAUUUCUUCGCAUAUCAAACCGAUGUCGCGUUUCUCAGUCACAUCCAGACACGUCUUUUGCAAGAAAGUCCUGCAAAUAAGGCAAUUCCACGCUCCAAUUUGUCUGACCCAGAUUGGUUCUUGAAGAUCGAUGGUUCCUUGCCCAGCCGUAUUCUGCCAUACAUGUAUCUGGGUAACCUCAAUCACGCAAAUAACCCAGAGUUGUUGUGGGAAUUAGGAAUCAGACGUGUGUUGAGCAUCGGAGAACCUGUAUCUUGGCCUCAGGCAGAGCGCAAGAAGUGGGGUGAAGAUAGUCUUAUGUAUAUCGAUAAUGUCCAAGAUAACGGUAUCGAUCCACUAUGCCAGGAGUAUGACCGAUGUCUAAAGUUUAUUGAACUUGGAAAGAACGAUGGUGCUGCGACCUUGGUUCAUUGCCGCGUGGGUGUUUCUCGAUCUGCCAGUAUUUGUAUUGCCGAGGUGAUGGCUUGCAAGGACAUGACUUUCCCCCGCGCUUAUUGCUUCGUCCGAGCUCGACGCCUCAAUGUCAUUAUCCAGCCUCACUUGCGCUUUGUCUAUGAACUGCUGCAAUGGGAAGAAUUCCAAAACAAAAAACGUCAAGGUCUUCCAAGAAAGCGACAACUAGAAUGGUCUACCGUCUGCCGCGAAAUUGCGCUACUAAACAAGCCCUACUCUCGAACCUAG